GGUCCUUGCACCGGUCUCGGGGAAGCGCCCCCCGGGGGCGGGAAGCGGUCCCAAAGCAUGGAGCCGCAGGUUAAUCUAAAUGUGACUUUUAAAAAUGAAACCCAAAGCUUCCUGGUUUCAGACUCAGAAAAUACAACCUGGGCUGAUGUAGAAGCAAUGGUGAAAGUUUCAUAUGAUCUGAACACCAUUCAGAUAAAAUACCUGGAUGAGGAUAGUGAAGAGGUGUCCAUCAAUAGCCAAGGAGAGUAUGAAGAAGCCCUUAAGAUUGCAGUUAAACAGGGGAACCAACUGCAGAUGAAUGUCUAUGACAGACACCAUGUUGUAGAUGAAGCCCCACAACCUGGUCACAAGGAUCUUCCUGGGACUGAAAAACGACCUGUCCGGGCUGGGAAGAAGCCACUUGCACAUUACUCUUCAUUGGUGAGAGCCCUGGGAUCAGAGAUGAAAACACAAGAGGAGCCCAUAGCACAGCUUCCACUCACUCCCAGUGAAGCUGACAAACCUCAAGAUAAGCCCCCAGACUGGUUCACUAGGUACUUGGAGAUGUUUCGAGAGCAAGUGGUUAAAGAAACAGUUGAGAAGCUUGAUCAGAAAUUAAGCGAGAAGCUGGUCCUCCAGGGUCCAACAUUGGAAUCCUGCUCCUCCAUUCCCGUUUCAGAAGAAGCACUAUCGUUGCCAGGAAACCAGUGUGACUGGCUUAUGACUUGCAGCAAUUGCCAAAGAAGAAUUAUUGGCAUUCGUUACCAGUGUAGCCUAUGUCCAUCUUAUAAUAUAUGUGAAUUGUGUGAAGCAGGGUCGUAUGCCCAUGACCCUAACCACAUCCUCUUGAAGCUACGGAGACCAAUCAUGGGUUCCACUGAAACAUAUAAUCAGACGAAACUCUCUCCUCCUCGUCUGCCAGCUGCUCUGGAGCAAGUCAGACUCCAGAAGCAGAUGGACAAGAACUUUCUUAAGGCAGAAAAACAAAGGUUGCGAGCUGAGAAGAAGCAAAGAAAAGCAGAGGUUAAGGAACUUAAAAAGCAGCUUAAGCUUCACAGAAAGAUUCAUCUGUGGAACUCUAUACAUGGGCUUCAGAGCCCCAAAUCUCCCCUUGGGAGACCAGAGAGUCUCCUUCACUCCAGUACUCUAAUGCUCCCCAUGCAACCUUGUGCCCCAGUUGUGCCAACUCUGAGUGCAGCAUUUGUGGAUGAGAAUGUGCCAGAUGGGACCCACCUUCAACCAGGAACCAAGUUUAUCAAACACUGGAGGAUGAAAAAUACAGGAAAUGUCAAAUGGAGUGCAGAAACAAAGCUGAAGUUCAUGUGGGGAAACCUAACUUUGGCUUCUACUGAAAGGAAGGAUGUUUUGGUGCCCUAUUUAAAGGCUGGCCAUGUGGGAAUUGUGUCUGUUGAGUUCAUAGCCCCAGCCUUGGAGGGAACCUACACUUCACACUGGCGCCUUUCUCACAAGGGUGAGCAGUUUGGGCCCAGAGUCUGGUGCAGCAUCAUUGUGGAUCCUUUCCCUACUCGAGAACAUCUUGAAGACGGUGAAAAAGUCUCUUUCAGCACAAACAAAGUUGACGAUCUCUCCUGUCAGCAAGAGGCAACUUUCUCGCUUGCUAAAGAGAAAAUUCAGAUUGAUGAAGUGACUGAGUCUACGGAGGGAGCAGAACCUUGCAUCCCUCUGAAGAUCAAAAGUGUUCCUAGUGAGAGGGAGCUCUACAUCCCAUCUGUGGACCUCCUCACUGCACAGGAUCUGCUGUCAUUCGAGUUAUUAGACAUAAACAUUGUUCAAGAGCUCGAGCGAGUUCCCCAUAACACCCCUGUAGAUAUGACCCCCUGCAUGUCUCCUCUACCACAUGACAGUCCUUUGAUAGAGAAGCCAGGUUUGGGGCAGAUACAAGAGGAAAGUGAAGGGACAGGAUUUAAAGUGCUUCCUGAUUCCACAGUGGCAUCAAAGAAUAAAGCUGAAAACACUGUUUCUGCAGAAGAAGGGGAAGAAGACUUGAGUGGGACCCAGUUUGUCUGUGAAACUGUAAUCCGAUCCCUUACCUUGGAUGCUGCUCCUGACCAUAAUCCACCUCGAAGACCCAAGUCCCUGCAGAUGAAUUCCAUUCUUCCUGAAGAGAGACUGAUGAAUGAUGAAAAAAGAGAUACUGUCCAGGUAGUGGAGGAGGAGGAGGAGGAGGAAGAGGAGGAACUUAAAGAUGAAGUCCGAAGUCAAGGCUCUUCUGCUUCUUCUGAGGAUUACAUUAUCAUCUUGCCGGAGUGCUUUGAUACAAGCCGCCCUCUUGGGGAGUCCAUGUAUAGUUCUGCUCUCUCACAGCCAGGUUUGGAGCGGCUCACAGAGCUAGAGCAGGUAGUCAAGGCUGAGCAAGAGCCAGCUGAGGCUUAUGAAAGGCUUGCUAGAGGGGAAAACCAGCACCUCAUCAAUGAUAUCCUGACAACAUCACAGACGCUGGAUGCAGUGCUUCUGACUCCAGAGGUGUUGGAACCUCCACAACAGAUGCCCAGCAGCCCUUCAUCUCUUCAGAACAUCAGUUCAGAAGAAUCAGACUUGCCAGUUACUAUUCAAGAAUUUUCUCCAGUUCCUGAUCAAGUAAGAGGAGAGCCCAGGGCUUCAUCCGGACUUGUAAAUAGUAGACAGAAGAGCUAUGAAAACUCAAGGUACUACCAAGGGAGUAGCAUUACUGGAGGGCUGGUGAAGGGUGCUAUGUCUUUUGCUGCCUCUGCCUACAAGGCCCUAUUUGCAGGGCCACCAGUCACUGCUCAGCCUAUAGUUUCGGAAGAUCAGACAGCACCCCUGAUGGCCCAUCUCUUUGAAAUGGGGUUCUGCGAUAGGCAGCUGAACCUGAGGCUGUUGAAGAAACACAACCUUAACAUCCUGCAGGUUGUGACAGAAUUACUACAGAUCAACAACAACGACUGGUACACUCACCGCUAUUGAGGAGCUGCCUUUGCCCUGAGGGAACUGUUGUAUUAAAUAACUCAGCCUGCUGCUCAGAGAUGACUAUUCUGUUAUUGGGGUGUGGGGUAGAAGGACCUUCCUUAUUUUUUUAACCUGAAGAGUCUGAUAAGUAGUUCAUCGUUGAAACUUCAUCAACUGCAUCACAGUAUUCUUUGGAUCCAAUCAAAGACCAGAACUUAAAUUUUUACUUUAGACUGGAUGAGUAGGAAGACAAUUUAAAAUUUGAUUUGGAUUAAUGACUCUUUCUUUCCCCACUAUUUCUCCCCUUUAGAGAGCAUUGAAGACAAUGGUUUGAACUUUAUUCAGAACAAAUGUUCUCCUUGUAUUGAAGUUGAGUAUGUUUGUCUGUUUUUGAUAUUUUUGUCUGGUUGGUUUUGACGUGUUGUGGUUUGACAUGAAAGCCCCUGGAAAGAAAGGCCGCUAUCGAGUUAGUCGCAUAACUCCUUUUAACUUUUGCAGGGGCAGCUUCCCUCCUGGGAGCUGAGAUGACACCAAAGUCUAAUAUUGCUACUACCACAUAAAGUAUACUUGCAGAAGAAGAAAAAAGUCAAUUCCUUGCACAAGUAGCUGUCACUGGAAAGUUUUUUUCCAAAGAUUUAUUUUAGAAAAUAACCACCCUCUUCAUUCCUGGAGUUCAAUGGUAUAAGAAGUAGGAGGAGUUAACUCACCAGCACCUACUGAGCAGCAUCAAUUGUAGUAAUUUUACAUACUUUUUGCUUUAAGGAAAAAUUUUUAAGAAAAAUAGGUAGGAGAAAAUAUUUUGCUAACAUAACUAGAGGAUAGUGGGAAGGUUAAUUUUAAUGAAUACUUUCCCCCCCCCCCCCCCCCGAAGUAAUGAUGCCAGAGAGAUCCCCUUAUUUUGCAGAAGAAUAGAAGAAAAAUAGGAAUAUUUUAAAAAGAGAGAAGGCAGGGUCCUAUAUUAUUAAUUCCAGUAGAGUUUGGGGUGGGCAGAGUAUGUGGAACAAGAGUACUUGGCUUUUAACAGACACUAGUCAGAUGGAGCAUCGGGAACCUCUAUCACUACCUGGGCCAAUAAAAUAUGGAGAAAGCAGAGUACAAGUAGACUUUGCAGAGUGCCCCAGGACAGGUCUGCUGUGCAGGCUGAUAAGGGUGUUGAAGUUAGUGAGGAGGUUUGGUUUUAAUCUGGAUUUGAUAGAGGUUAGAAUGGUUGGACUCCAGCUAGUCUUGGGUGUGGUCUGAGAAGGGAGAAGAAGGGAAACCUUUUAGAAAGUUACUGAAACACUCACUGGAGGAGGAAGGUAGAGUCUGGCUGGCCUUGGUAUUUGAUUCUAGGAGGGAGGGGUUGGUGUUAAAUAGUGUUAUUUACCUGGUUGGUAUUUAUAAUUAACAGGAUGAUUAUAAUCAAUCAUUAGCGAUGAAUAAGAAAAAAUUAUUUACAGUAUAACCCAUAAUGCUAUUAAAUAAAGCUGUGGGAUGCAAAUUAUCUGGCCAGGAAGCCUGUUUUCUUAUUUAAAACGUAUUUUUAUAGAGGCUCCUAGGCAGAGGGUGAUGAGCUGGGCACCUGGGACUUGCUGGUUGUAGAAGGGGCCCUUUGAGCAAAUCCUUAGCUCCACGCAGGCUUUUCCGUGGGGAUCGAGGGUGGAACACCGGGGCUUGGGCUACGCACCUCUGCAACUGUAACGCAACCUGUUGUUGAAAUAGUCUAAUAAAAGUCGCUUAAAGUCUUA